AUGGGUGUUGUGGUGCGAUAUGUGGACAAGAAUGGAUGUGUUAUAGAACGUUUUCUUGGUGUUGUUCAUGUUAGUGAUACAACUGCAACCUCACUUGAGAAAGCACUUGAUUAUUUGUUAUCUACUUAUGAUUUAAGUAUAUCUAGUUUGAGAGGUCAAGGAUAUGAUGGCGCAAGCAACAUGAGAGGAGAAUUCAAUGGGUUGAAGAGUUUGAUACUCAAGAGAAAUUCCAGUGCUUAUUAUGUACAUUGCUUUGCUCAUCAGCUUCAGCUCACGAUUGUUGCUGUUGCUAAAAAACAUAAAAUUGUCAGAUCUUUUUAUAAUUCUAUCUCUCGUUUGUGUAAUACUGUUGGAGGUUCUUGUAAGCGCAGAGAUAUACUUCGGGAGAAACAGAGAGAGAAUAUUAUUAAAGAGAUUGCAAGUGAUGAAAUAAGCACAGGAAGAGGACUAAAUCAAGAAAUGUCAUUGAAGCGACCUGGAGAUACUCGUUGGAGUUCACAUUACGGUACUCUUGUCAACUUGAUACAUUUAUAUUCUUCUAUUGUUGAUGUUCUUGAGUAUGUUGGGGAGAAUGGUCAUGACGAUUCAAUAAGGGCUGAAGCUGAUGAUCAAAUCUUGGGAAUCACACAUGAACUCUCCCAAGUGCUACAAAAGAAAGAUCAAGACAUUGUUAAUGCGAUGAAUCUUGUCAAGGUAGCAAAAUCACGUCUGCAAAUAAUGAGGGAAAAAGAUUGGGAUGUAUUGCUUGCUGAUGUUUCUAAGUUUUGUAGCAAAUAUGAAUUGGAUGUGCUUGACAUGGAAGAUGAGUUUGUAGCUCGAAAAAAAGGAAGACGUAGAGUUGAGAAAAUGAAGAAUCUCCACUAUUAUCGAGUUGAGCUCUUUUGUUCUGUUAUUGACUUGCAAGCUCAAGAGUUGAAUCAACGUUUUGAUGAAGUCAACACAGACUUAGUUUUAUGCAUGUCAUGUUUUGAUCCUAGGGAUUUAUUUUCUGCAUUUGAUUUGGAGAAGCUGCUUCGUCUUGCACGGUAUUAUCCUUCUGAAUUUUCUGAAGUUGCUUUGUCCGAGCUUAAAAGUCAACUUGAGAACUUUAUUUUCGAUGUGCGCAUAGAUGAAAAGUUUUCACAAAUAUCAGGAAUCAGUGGUCUUGCUCAAAAGAUGUUGCCACUGCAUCAGUAG